AUGAGAUACGGCAGUGUCCGCGACGAAUCGGAGCCAGACGACCUUCGCGACAUCCCGGAUACGGUCGCAGAGACACUGGAUCUGAAUUCGCCGUCCAGUGAUCGGCCACUUUACCUGACGUUCCGCUACUUUCUGCUGAGCAUUGUAUUUGUCAUCCCGGGAGCAUUUGUGGACACAUUAAAUUCGUACCGGACCACGAGCGCUCCGUACAGCAUUUUAUUUGUUCAAUUUCUAUCGGAUCCGGCUGGCAGGUGGCUGGCGAGAGUUCUGCCUCGAAAAACUGUGAACCUGCUGGGGUUUCGGUUCAGUCUUAAUCCCGGCCCCUGGUCUAUCAAGGAAUCUGUUCUGGUCACGCUGACGGCGGCCUCGGGAGCCACUGGAAACCAGGGCACUGCCGGCCUGUCGCUGUCGGAGAUCUACUACGAUCGAAAAGUGCACCCAUUAGUGGCACUACUCUUCAUGUACAGCAUUGUCUGGACUGGCUACUCUUUUGGAGCAAUCGCGAGAAACUUUGUGCUAUACGAGCCACAGUUUGUGUGGCCCAAGGCAUUGAUGCAGACUUCGCUGUUUAAAGCCCAGGAACAUGCUGGGAGCCAGUCGAACUCGCAGAUGCGCGUGUUCACGGUCGGUCUUGCUUCGCUAUUUGUAUGGCAGUUUUUCCCCGAGUUCAUCUUCCCGUUGACGUCGUCGGUCGCCAUAUUGUGCUUCAUGGCUCCUCACAAUGCGGUGUUGAAUUUUUGGGGCUCAGGCCUCGGCGGACUCGGGUUUCUGAACAUCUCGCUGGAUUGGAGCAACAUCUCGUCUUCGGUGAUGCUGAGCCCGUAUUGGACAAUAGUGAUGCAGUUUCUUGGGUUUGCAAGCCUGUGCUGGGUUUUUCUGCCAUUCUGCAAGUGGUACGACCAGGGGAAAUAUUCUUUGGGACUGAUGGACAACAGACUUCUGCUUUCAAACGGAUCUCUGUAUCCGACAACACAGCUGCUCACUCCAGAGCUCCAGCUCAACGAGACCGCGUACGAGCUGCUCGGGCCCAUCCAUUUCGGCACUCAGAGACUUGCAAACAUCUUUUUCGACUAUGCAGCCUACACCAGUGCAAUUGUUUGGAUAGGUUGUUUUGGCUACCAGGAUAUAAAAUCUGGCUACCAAAAGCUGCGCCAAAAAUUCCAAGAUCCGCUGGCCGACCGUUACGCAGACAGAAUCAGCAAAUCGUAUGCGCGAUACGAUGAGGUGCCCAACAGCUGGUUUUUGACCCUGUUUUUGAUCAGCUUUGUGCUACUGUCGUCCAUUCUUCUGGCCACAGACGAGCUAUUUAUUCCCUGGAAAACAUAUAUCGUGGCGUUGAUAAUUGGCUCAAUCAUAGUGACCCCGAUGGCAUAUUUGUACGCGAUCUCCAACUUCCAGGUGGAGAUCGGCACGGUCAACGAGCUGGUGUACGGUCUGAUGAUGCAGACGCCGUUUUUCUCGGGCACAAGCGGCAAACAUCCCUGUGGAGCAGCUUUCUACGGGGCCAUUGCGGGAAACUGCUGGUACCGCGCCCAGUACAUUCUCCAGGACCAGAAAAUUGGAAUCUACAACGACAUUCCGCCUAAACUCGUUUUCUUUUCGCAGAUCUUUGGCGAUCUCAUAGGCGUGCCAUUCAAUUAUAUGUCGCUGCGCUGGGUGGUGAAAUCCAAGUACGACUUCCUCAAAGGUCUGAAAAGCGACCCGAUGCGGCAAUGGACCGGCCAAGUGUUGACCAACUACAACAGCAACGCAAUCCAGUACGUUGUUCUAGGCCCCAAACGGGUGUUUGAGCACUAUCCGUAUCUGCCUCUGGGAUUUUUGGUUGGUAGCAUAGCACCCUUGGCGGUGUUCUGGAUGGCAAAGCACACGCCCUGGCGGCUUGCAAAAAAGUUCAACGUUACCAUCCUGUUCGCGUCCAUGUCCAAGUUCUAUGGCAACAUCAGCACAGGCUACUUUACGCAAUUCCUCAUUGGCACAUUCACUAUGCAUUACCUGUACAAAUACCAGCAUCAAUGGUUCCAGAAAUACAACUAUGUUCUGGCAGCAGCGUUCGACACGGGCUUCAACCUUGCCAACCUUGUCAUUGCGCUGCUGUUCGGGUCCAAGACGGCAGCUCAGUUUCCGGAGUGGUGGGGCAACGACAGGUCCCAUUUAGAAAAAUGCUAUGCGCUGUGA